GAUCAAUCAUAUGCAUUUGUUCCAUAUGUGCACUUGUCUAACCUCUUUAAGAUAGAAUUAACUCUUUAAGAUAGAACUUAAACUUGAAUAUAUUCAAUUAUUUUUCAAAUAUUUACAGUGAUGGGUAAGCAGAAACCGCACCGGCGAAAACUUCACAAAGAAAAUCCCACUGGAUUACAAUCCGUUCAGGAGUUCGAUAAGGAAUUGAAUGAGGAACUUGGGGAAGGAGACAGGGAAAAGAUUUUGCAGAACGUUUACAAUGAUAUACAGUCGUAUAAUCUUGAAGAAAAAUUAUCUGCUCUACAAAUAUUAACCUCAAUGUCUUGUGACUCUUCUAUGGUGAAGCAUAUAGCUAAAGAUGGAAUUGCAAAAAUAAUUGGUCCAUUGUUAUUAGAUCACAACGCCGCUAUACGAAUGAAUACUGCACAUGCCUUACGGGAAAUUGCUGAAAAUGGUAGAGAGGAAGUGUGCAAUGAUCUAAUCAAAGAUGAUAUUAUAACUCCUCUUGCUGUAUUACUGAGACAGUACUAUUCAGAUUGGAAACCAGAAGAAGUUAGAGACAAAAAAAUGACUUUUGUUCAAGCAGUUAGUUUAUUACGGAUAUUAUGCGCAAAUAAUGAGAAUGCAAUUAAGCGUAUUAAUGACGAAGAUUUGGUAUCACUUUUGAUGAAGUUUUUAAAUAUUGACGUUUAUGGACCAGAGAUUGUCACGAUCGUUACACAAUCCCUGAUUUGCCUGUCUGAUGAGAAUGACGCUGCCAUUAAUAAAAUUAAACGGAGCGAGUCACUUUUGUUUAGUCUAUUGGAUUUAAAAGCAGACGAUAAGAUCGCUUCCAAAAUAUUGUUCCUGAAAACUUGUGUAGCUGAUGUAUUAAUCAAUAUCAGUAAUUAUACUGAUAACAAUCAGAUACAUGUUUUUCGUAAAGUGUUGUCGGUACUAUCUGAUGUACUUGCAAUUGAUCAUGGACAAAUUUUGUCUUGCUUAACGUCUAUCCUACCACAUGAAAGCAAUGCUUCUUCGAACGACAAAAGAAAAAAGGUACAAGAAAACAGAGAGAUAUUGGAAAUGCAAGAACAAGCUUUACAGAUUUUAGCAAAUUUAUGUUUUGAAUGUGAGGAUAAUGAAAUCGAUUCUGAUACUGAUGAUUUUGAAACAAUGGAGCUUGAGUCUGAAUGUUUGGAUGAUGAUUCUAUGAAUGAAGAUUUGAAAAUAACGUCAACACUUCCAGUGGAGCUAGUUGAAGUCAUAAAUACUUGUAACUUAAUUGAUAAAAUUUGGGAUAAGACUAAAUUUGUGGUAGACAAAAAUAACCAGGAAAUAUUAGAUCAAACUGAGGAAGGAAAAGCUACAUUGAAGCAAUUUUACAACAUUCAAUGCACAGCUUAUUUAUGUUUAAAUAAUUUAUUACCCAAUAUAGAGGUUGAUGUUUUUGGAGGAGUUGAUAAUUUAUUUAGAAAAUGGAUAGAUAUUUCAACAGAGUUUAAGCAGAUCAUCAAGAAGGAUGUUAAACUUGUAGAAGCAAGUACUGCUGCCAUGAGAGCUAUUCUUCAACGUUUAGUUCAAGAACAAGCGAAUGUCGUCGAAUUAAAUCAGUUAACUUGUAACGACAUUCAGCUGAUGUUAAAUGACUUACAACAAUGUGUCAGUAUAAAUGUUUGCAUCAAUAUGAUAAGAAUGUUCUGCAAUUUAGUACAGAUCAUGUUGAGUAAAAAUAAUUCAAAAGGUUCGAAGAAUUACGAAGCGAUAAAGCUUGUUUCCACGUUCUUAUUGGACAUCUCUAAAACUGAAACUAGAGUAUGGGUUAUAGCAGAAUCUAUAGAUGCAUUAAUGGAUAUAUAUGCAGAAGAUGAGACUGACCAUUUAGCAGCAGAUAUCAAAUUAGUCCCGAGAUUGCUAUCCAUAAUGCCACAUUUCAAAAGCAAGAUGCAUCAGCAGAAAAAACAUUUACAAGAUGGCACGGUAGUAGUAUCGACUGUAAACGCAAAUCUAAUGAGAUUUAUAAAAUAUAAACAGAAGCGAAUAGGAAUUAAAAAUAAACGUUGUUAAACGUCAUUUUUAUUCGAUUUCUUCGAAUUACAGAAAUACGAACGAAAAUAUUUUUACAAUAAAUAACUUGUGACAUAUUUUUGAAAAGCAA